CCCGUCCCAGCUGAGUCACUUCACUCACGCAUUGAAUUCCGCUUCUAUUCGUGGGGUCACGGCAGGUUGAGACUCACCCUCCUCUCCCCGGCACGUUGCUGUCGGCUCGGCUCCAAUCGGCUUUACUCGGCCCGGCCCGGCCCGGCUCGGCUCUCGGCUGGUCGUGUUCCGGCCCAGCGGUUGCAGCCAUGGCGUCGGGCGAGGGCAGCCGGACAAUCAGCAAGAACGACGUGAACUACAAGCUGCACUUCCGCAUGAUCAACGAGCAGCAGGUGGAGGAUAUCACCAUCGACUUCUUCUACAAACCCCACACAAUCACCCUGCUCACCUUCGCCAUCAUCAGCGUCAUGUACUUCGCCUUCACCAGGGAUGAUUCCUCUCUGGAAGACAAUAUACGGACUGGCGUUCUCUCUGUGGUGUUCUUUUUUCUAAUUGUAAGUGUAUUGACAUUUCCUAAUGGUCCCUUCACCCGACCACAUCCAGCAAUAUGGAGGAUGGUUUUUGGUUUCAGCGUGUUAUAUUUUCUUUUCCUGGUCUUCCUGCUGUUCCUGAACUUCGAGCAAGUCAAAUCCGUCAUGUAUUGGCUGGAUCCUAAUCUGCGCUAUGCCACGCGUGAAUCGGACGUUAUGGAAUACGCAGUGAACUGUCACGACAUAACUUGGGAAAGGAUUCUCAGCCAUUUUGACAUCUUUGCCUUUGGUCACUUCUGGGGCUGGGCGAUGAAAGCCUUGUUGAUACGCAGCUAUGGUCUGUGCUGGACUAUCAGCAUCACCUGGGAGUUGACUGAGCUGUUCUUUAUGCAUCUGUUGCCGAACUUUGCGGAAUGCUGGUGGGAUCAGGUCAUUCUUGACAUCUUGCUGUGCAAUGGUGGUGGCAUCUGGCUAGGAAUGGUGGUCUGUCGCUUUCUAGAGAUGAGAACCUAUCACUGGGGAAGUUUCAAAGCCAUUCACAGUACGAGCGGCAAGCUGAAGCGGGCAGUGCUGCAGUUUACUCCGGCCAGCUGGACAUACGUCCGCUGGUUUGACCCCAAAUCCUCCGUUCAGCGAGUGGCUGGAAUUUACCUCUUUCUAAUUAUCUGGCAGCUGACUGAGCUCAACACGUUUUUCUUGAAGCACAUCUUUGUAUUUCAAGCAAGCCACGCCCUGAGUUACGGGCGAAUCCUCUUCAUUGGUGUGAUCACCGCACCGACCGUACGGCAGUAUUACGCAUAUCUCACUGACAGUCACUGCAAAAGAGUGGGAACGCAAUGCUGGGUGUUUGGUGCCAUUUCCUUUCUGGAAGCAAUAGUGUGCAUCAAGUCUGGCCAAGAUCUGUUCUCUAAAACCGUGGGAUUGUAUGUCAUCCUUUGGCUUCUUUGCAUGGCUUUAAUUACCUUCCUUUGCCUUGCGGGAAUGGUGUGGUACGCUGAACACACGGGUCAACACGACAAGAACCUCUCAGAAUCCGAGUGUGAAGAGAUGUCUAACAGCGAUGAUUUCUCACCACUGCCUUACGACACAUACGCUAAAGGUGACAGAAGCUGUGAAGUGACGAACGUGAAUGUGGCAGAAAAGAGUGCAACAAGGCGUAAAAAAUACUCUGGCAGAAGUAAGAUGAACAAUGGCGUUGGCAGGAAGUAAGGAGAGAUGGAAUCUACCUUCCAUAUGAAUAUUGGGAGCUGGAUAUGAAAGCAUUUGGGAUGCCAGCAAACAGAAGAAAACUAUUGGAAUAACUUGCUAUUUCAGUAGCUUGAUGUCUGAUGUUUGAAGACUAAGCAGUUGUGUUGUUUUGCAGUGGAUUGUAAUGCAGAGGCUUAAAAUGGGCCUACAUUCGUUCUUGCAGGUUUUUCUUUAAAAGGUGCAAAGAAGAGAAGAAAUUCUGGAAGCCUCUAUAUAUAUAUUUUUUUACUGCAAGAAGAUGGACACAAAAUGCUGGAGUAACUCAGCGGGACAGGCAGCAUCUCUGGAGAGAAGGAAUGUGCGACGUUUCGGGUCGAGACCCUUCUUCAGACUGAAAGUGAUAGGAGAGGGAGACGAGAGAUAUGGGAGGGGAAGGUGUGAAAACGAGAGAUCAAAGGGGACUGAGAUCAGGGGAAAUGUGGAAUAGAUCAUUGCUAACAACAAAGUCUCGACCCAAGACAUCACCCAUUACUUCCAUCCAGAGAUGCUGCCUGUCCCCGCGGAGUUACUCUAUCUCAAGCAUUUUGUGUCUAUCUUCGGUGUAAACCAGCGUCUGCAGUUCCUCCUUGCGUAUAUUUUUAUUUAAAACGUUUUAAAGGUUUUUUUUUUCUUUGCCGGCAGUUUUGUUAUUGAGUUACUGAAGGCAAUUGUGGCGUUAAAAGCCAUUGAGGUUAGUGAGGUGUUGUAAACGAGCAAAGCAAAUGCUUUUUUUUUGCACUUUCUGACUGGUCUCAGCAGCAACGUUUUCACCCUGAACAAUCCCUCUGUUAAAAGCUUGCACAAAAGCGCACACAUUGUUUGUGCCAAAUGCUGCAGUUAAUAAUUUCACUUGGUGUUGGUCUGAAGUUGCUCACCGCAGCUUGGGUUAUAAAGGCGCAGACCUUGCCAGCUGUGUUUAAAUGGUUAUAUUACUUUGAUUCCAGGUGGAUUUUUUUUUUUUUUUGUGUGAAUUUUCUUUCAAUUUUUGAACAUUUCACCUGUUUUUACGCGGUAGAUUAUAUAUGUAUAUGCUCACGAUAAAAUCAAAGGAUGCAAAUUCACUGCUGCUGUGCAUUCCCAAUCCAUUCUAAAGAGGAAGCAUUACAGUGGUUCUGUCUGCUUUUGGAUGUUCGAUUAUUGACGUACGCCAUUGAUCGCAUAAACGUGUGGUUCUGUUUGAGAAUCUUGAUUUACGGUCCUUGUAUGAGAGCAAGUCGGGAGCGAAGGUAGCUAACCAUCCCUGUUGCGAUGAAAAAUCAUGAGAUGAGAAGUGGGAUGUUUGUUUUUGCUUACGGGACACAUUUGUAAUGCUAUUAAAAUCGGGAGACUAUUCCCUUGGGCGAA